UAGAUCUAUGAAUACAGGGACAAACGUUCAUACAAAAUUAUUCAUGUGAAGCGUUCUUUAAAAAAAGAAUAUAUUAAAUUGGUUCGAAGGAUUAUUGUUAUAACUUACUAAUAUUAAGUAAGUUAAUAAUUUAGAUUUAUAUUAAUAAUAUGUAGAUAUUAAAAGUAAUAUGAUUGAUUUUACUUAAGAAAUAAAAUUCAUGAAUAUGAUAAAAAUACUAGUCUGAAGUAAGCUACUUCUAAUUGCGAGUAAUUUUCAUAGUUAUUAAACAAAUUGAAUUAAAAAUAUUAUUUUUAUGAUAUUUAAUUAAUAAAUUUGUUAAAUUCGAAAUUAAAGUGAUAUAAAUGAAUAAUAUAUAUAAUAAAAAAAAUAGCUUCUUUUCAUGGCGCUGUAAAAUAAUGAAAUUUGUACUGAGCGAAUCUAUACUGACAACAGUGUUCGUGAUUCAUGUGCAUGGAACAUAUCGUUGUGAAUGAUAUAUUGUGUACUCAAUAUCGGAUCAUAGGAUGAAAACUCGAGUUUUCACAAUCUAAAUUCACUAUGCCUCGAAAGACGCUGAGAACGUACCGACAAUUACGUUAAUGUGCUCAAAAAUCAUCAAAAUUUGUGUGUAUUAUUGAAAUUUGACAGAUUCAUCGCUUCGUGACAGGAGUGUGUGAUUUUUCCUUUUUUUUUUUUUCGUUUGUUUCACCUUAGUUCAACCUCCUUAUCUAUUUUCCUCUCAUAUUCAUCUUUCCCUUUAUAUUUCAACCCUUGAGUAUCUUAUCUCCCAUUUUCAUCUACCGGAUAAAAAGAGAAUACUUUUUACCCUUUCUUUCCUCUCCAUUUCCCUUUCCUGUCUAUCUUUUUCUAAGUUUUUCAUUUUUUUCCCCCUCUUCACCGAUACAUCUUAUAUUUUUCUUUCUUUUACUAAAUGUUCAUGAUAACAACAAUUUUUGACUCUCCUACAUAACGUGAACGUGGAUGAGUGAUCAUAUUUUCACGCAAUAGCCGAUCGUCGGCUAUUCUACCUUGUACGCGAAUGAAUGCUCCCUACGUUUAACUGGUGUCAAUGUACACACGGUGUAACGUUAUUAUAGCAUUGGCCAGAGAGCUAAAAGAAUCUUCGUUCUAAAAGAAUCUCCGUUCAACUAGAAAUUCGACAUGAUGAAGAGCAGUGCUAUGCUUAAGAAAGAAAGCAAAAUGCGCAUACGUGCUUUUCCGACAACUAUGGAUGAAAAGUAUGUAGAAAGUAUUUGGGCACUAUUAAAAAAUGCUAUUCAAGAAAUUCAGAAGAAAAAUAAUUCAGGGCUUAGUUUUGAAGAGCUUUAUCGGAAUGCUUAUACUAUGGUUCUUCACAAGUAUGGUGAACGUUUAUAUACAGGUUUAAAAGAAGUUGUAACACAUCAUUUAGAAAAUAAAGUUAGAGAAGAUGUAUUAAGAUCUCUUCACAACAAUUUUCUUCAAACAUUAAAUCAAGCUUGGAAUGAUCAUCAGACAUCUAUGGUAAUGAUAAGAGAUAUUUUAAUGUACAUGGAUAGAGUUUAUGUACAACAACAUGAUGUGGACAAUGUGUAUAAUUUAGGACUUAUCAUAUUUAGAGAUCAGGUGGUCAGAUAUGGAUGUGUUAGAGAUCAUUUAAGAGAAACUUUACUAGGCAUGGUAGCAAGAGAAAGAAGAGGAGAAGUUGUAGAUCGCAUUGCAAUAAAAAAUGCCUGCCAAAUGUUAAUGUUACUUGGCAUUAACAGUCGUCAAGUUUAUGAAGAAGAUUUUGAAAGGCCUUUUUUACAACAAAGUGCUGAAUUUUAUAGAAUGGAAUCUCAAAAAUUUUUGGCUGAAAAUAGUGCAUCAGUAUAUAUAAAAAAAGUUGAAGCUAGAAUUUGUGAAGAAUCAGAAAGAGCAAAACAUUAUUUAGAUGAAUCUACUGAACCACGAAUAGUAGAAGUUGUAGAAGAAGAACUAAUUAAAAUUCAUAUGAAAACUAUUGUUGAGAUGGAAAAUAGUGGUGUAGUACAUAUGCUCAAAAACCAAAAAACUGAAGAUCUUGGCUGCAUGUAUAAAUUAUUUUCGAGAGUUUCGGAUGGUUUACGUACUGUGUGUGAUUGUGUUUCUCAAUUUCUUAAAGAGCAAGGCCGUGCUAUGGUUCAAGAGGAACAUGAAUCAACGACAAAUGCAGUUCUUUUUAUUCAGAACUUGCUAGAUUUAAAAGAUCGUUUUGAUCAUUUUCUUCAUUAUUCGUUUAAUAAUGAUAAGAAUUAUAAACAAAUGAUUGCAUCUGACUUUGAAUAUUUUCUCAAUUUAAAUACAAAAAGUCCAGAAUAUCUUUCACUUUUCAUUGAUGAUAAGCUGAAAAAAGGUGUUAAAGGGAUGACAGAACAGGAAAUCGAAGGUAUCUUGGAUAAAACUAUGGUUUUAUUUAGAUUUCUUCAAGAAAAAGAUGUAUUUGAACGAUAUUAUAAACAGCACUUAGCUAAACGUCUUCUUUUGAAUAAAUCUGUGUCUGAUGAUAGCGAGAAAAACAUGAUAUCUAAACUUAAGACUGAAUGUGGAUGUCAAUUCACAUCAAAAUUGGAGGGAAUGUUCAAAGAUAUAACAGUUAGUAAUACUAUUAUGGAUGAAUUUAAAGAUCAUGUCCUUACAUCCAAUACAAACCUACAUGGAGUGGAUAUAAGUGUAAGAGUUUUGACAACCGGUUUUUGGCCGACGCAAUCCGCAACUCCAAAAUGUAGCAUGCCAGCUGCUCCACGAGAUGCUUUUGAUGCUUUCCGACGUUUUUAUCUUGCUAAACAUAGUGGUCGACAAUUAACAUUACAACCACAAUUAGGUUCUGCAGAUUUAAAUGCUGUAUUUCAUGGACCACGAAGAGAAGAAAGUAAUUGCGGUGGCUUAGAUACACCAUCGUCUUCAAGUUCCAUUGGCAAUGGAAGUGGUAAUCUGUAUGGUACUGGAAUAUCUACUAAUGGUAGUAUUUUAAGUCAACGUAGCAACAGUUGUGGAAAUACCAGAAAACACAUCAUUCAAGUAUCAACUUAUCAAAUGUGUGUAUUAAUGCUUUUCAACAAAAGAGAAAAAUUGACUUACGAGGAAAUUCAAGGUGAAACCGAUAUUCCAGAGAGAGACUUGGUUAGAGCAUUACAAUCUCUCGCAAUGGGAAAAGCUACACAAAGAGUGUUAUUAAAACAUCCUCGUACAAAGGAAAUAGAACCUUCACAUUAUUUUUGUGUUAACGACAGUUUUACCAGUAAAUUACAUAGAGUAAAGAUUCAAACAGUAGCUGCAAAAGGCGAAUCAGAACCUGAAAGAAGAGAAACUCGCAACAAAGUAGAUGAGGACAGAAAACAUGAAAUAGAAGCAGCUAUUGUUCGCAUUAUGAAAGAUAGAAAGCGUAUGCCUCACAAUAUACUUGUAACUGAAGUAACAGAACAAUUAAGAGGUCGAUUUUUGCCGUCGCCUGUAAUAAUUAAAAAACGUAUUGAAGGUUUAAUUGAACGUGAAUAUUUGGCUCGUACGCCGGAAGAUAGGAAGGUAUAUACGUAUGUUGCUUAAUGCUCGAAUUUAAAUGUUGGAUCUGUACAAACAUGUAAGUAAUCUAUAAUAGUAUCUAUUUCUUUAAAUAUCUUUUCAUUAUCUUAUAUUUUAUCAACUUAUAUGUUACAUCUUCAGUUUUUCAUUAAUUCAUUGAAAAUUGUUAUCAUCUCUAGUAUUUUUUUAUAAACGUAAUUAAGAUGAUCACGAACGAGGCAUUCCACAUCAUAAACACAUUACAUAAUAUAAAAAAGAUAAAUUAUUAAUUUAACAUUCCAUUUAUAUUAAUUUAUAUUAAUUAUUUAUAUAAAUCAAUUUCUAUUUUAUGUUUUGGGUUUUGAUAAAUUUUUAUAUUAUCUGUUUACUUUAAAUAUAGUUAUUAUAUAUAGUAUUUACUACAUGUUAAUCUUAAAAAUAAUUAUAUUUAUCUCAAAACCUAAAAUUUAAAAUAGAAUUGCAUAAAGAAAAAAUGAUUUUAUAAAUUUAAAUUAAUUGAUGUCGAUUGCCUCGAAAUUAAAAAAAUAGAUAAAUGUGUUUAAUAAUUGGCUAGUUUGGUGGAAAAGGUUGACAUGAAGAUAAUUGAAUGAUCUAGAAUAUAUAUUUUCAAGUAUCAAAGUAAGUUUUUUACAAAAAUAUAUUCUGUAAAAUUCUUGAUAUCCUCUUCCUUGAAUUCAUUUUAUCAUAUUUCAUAUUUAUAUGAUUGAUAUCAUAUUUUGUAUUUAUAUGAUUGAUUUAAUUAAAUAUAUAAAAAUACUUACUAUAAUAGAAAAUUGUAAUUUAAGUUCAACAGGAUUCAGUUGAAUAUACGUUAUAUACAAACAUUUAUUAGUAAUAAAUGAAAUUUGUUAUCGUUAAAAUUGAUUCAUUCGUUAUGUGUGUUAUGAUUCAGCAUUUUUUUAUAUUUGUAAUCUAUUUACAUAUGUAUCUAUGAUCAAAAACAAAUCUACACGGAUAUAGUGAUAAAUUAUUAGUGUUAUAUACGAAGAUUUUAUUUACAUUCGUGAUUAUCUAUUAUGUGUGUACAUAAACAUGUGAAUGUAUAUCUAAGAAUAUAUUUGCCUCAUUUUAA